GCAAAGUUGAAAUAUGUCGUUGAUGGCCGCUACCUCCACGACAGAACAGGGGCAAAUGUGUCAAAGAAGUAAAUAUAUGGAUGUCUGUGGUUUUCCAUUCUUCUCAAGGAAAUAUGAUCCUUUAACUUCUCAUUCGAAGAUAUUUAGGUGAGGGCAAGUAACAACAAAAUGCAAGAUAAUUGCCUGUGCAUAAUAGUGGACAGCGCAUGGAUACUUGUGAUAUACAUUGUAACAUUCAGGGAAGUAAAUUGACAAAGUGGAGGUAAGUUUUAUUGAUACAUUGUUGCGUUUGUGUUUCAUGUUUUUCGCUACAAAAUGCACACUAGUUCAACGACUUUUGACAGACGAUUCCAACGGUAGUUUGGCCAAAGCAAUCUUCUCCGCGUGGAAUGCCACGCAAGCAAUAGCCUACAACUAUUAUAACUACCCAACGUAAAGAGAAGUUGCACGGGGGGUGAAGUAUGACUUGCGCAUGCAUUAAUAAGAUAUUGUGACCUAUUAUAUAUAGACUUACUAAAAUGAAGGCUAUAAAGAAAUACUUUAGGGGUAGUGGGAGGGCAUUUGCAUUUGUUUUCAUUGCAUCUGUCAUUUGGCUACUUUUCGAUAUGGCAGCACUUCGCCUUUCAAUAAAUGAUGUUAACAGCCAACUUUUGAAAGAAAGCAUGGUGAAGGAAAGGCUGGCUGACAUACAGCAGGCCACGAAACGUACGAAGUUGGUGCAUAGGGGGUUUAAAAAUCCAGUACAGAGAGUAGACUUAGACCUGGACGAUGCAGGUAAUGAAGGUCCAGUCCAGAAUGAAAAGAAAGUCCUUGAAGUGGACAGAAAGCGAGGGCCUACUGUCAAGAAGGACCCGCAGUUGAAGGACAAAAUCAACUCACAUGAGCAACAAGGGGGGAAUGCCCAACCAAAGUCAGAACAUGGAAAUGUUCUCAUUUUUAAGCCUAACCAAAUCGAAGCUGUGACUCAUGUCACAGUACAGUUGAGUGUGCCUUUGAAUACGAAAGCACCUGUCAAAGAUACUUUGCCUGUCAAAGACGUGUCAAAAAAGGCAGUGGACUUGAUGAAGUCUGAGGAUAAGAAAGUGGCAUUGCUGGCAGCAGUGCUCUCGAACUUCACCAAAGUGCCACCUGGUGUUCAGGAAGGAAAACAUGUUGAAACAUUUACCUCAAAGACAGAGAAAGCAGAGGAAAAUAUAGACCAAGUGCAAAAAGCCAAAGACAAUAUGGACUCCAAGACAAAGGAGGAAGUCCUAGAUUCACUGGAGCCUGGCAUACAAGAAAGUUUUAUAAAAUACAAAGUUGCGGUGGACCCCACAGUUAAACCUGUCAAAAAGGAUGUACUGAACGGAAAAGAGGUGGUUGUCAAUAUUAAGGACAAACAAAUCAAUGCAGUUGAUAAAGGUAAGCCUUAUGCUGUAAAUGAGAACUUACCACCUACAGCAAAGCCUAAACUCCAACCAGAAGUUCCCACAAACUCCACAGAUGUUCGAAACACAGGUGUCCACAAAGUGCUGUCAUUAGACAUGACCCAAGCCCCCAGAGAUGCCAAUGCAAUUGGGCAAUUUGGGCAAGCAGCCAUGGUGCCCAGUGACAAAGAGCAGGAGGCGAGGAACCGGUGGAAUGAAGGCCAUUUCAACGUGUACCUGAGUGACCAGAUCCCUGUGGACCGAGCCAUCCCAGACACCAGACCUAAUACGUGUUCUGAGAGUGUGGUCCAUGAUGACUUGCCCACCACCAGUGUGAUCUUCUGCUUUGUGGACGAGGUGUGGUCCACUUUGCUCCGGUCCGUCCACAGUGUCCUCAACCGCUCUCCACCACACCUUAUCAAAGAGAUCAUCCUGGUGGAUGACUUUAGUACCAAAGAAUAUCUCAAGGACCACCUGGAUGUGUACAUGUCCCAGUUUCCCAAAGUGCGGAUUGUCCGUCUGCAGGAGAGGCAGGGCCUGAUCCGAGCUAGGCUGGCAGGAGCCACCAUUGCCAAAGGUGAUGUUUUGACUUUUCUUGACUCACAUAUUGAAUGCAAUGUGGGCUGGUUGGAACCUCUGCUGGAGAGAGUGUACAUGGACAGGAGGAAAGUGGCAUGCCCAGUCAUCGAAGUCAUCAGUGACAAGGACAUGAGCUAUGUGUUGGUGGACAACUUCCAAAGAGGGGUAUUCAAAUGGCCCUUGGUGUUUUGGUGGAGCAGGUUAUCAGAGGACAUCAUUAAGAAGAAUCACAUCAAGGAUUCAGAUCCUAUCAGGUGUCCCAUCAUGGCAGGAGGCCUUUUCUCCAUCGAUAAAAAGUACUUCUAUGAACUGGGCUCUUAUGAUCCUGGCCUGGACGUAUGGGGCGGAGAGAACAUGGAGAUCUCUUUUAAGAUUUGGAUGUGUGGAGGUGAGAUCGAGAUCAUCCCAUGUUCCAGAGUGGGCCACAUUUUCCGAGCCGCGAACCCGUACAAGUUCCCCAAGGACAGGCAGAAGACGGUCGAGCGUAACCUGGCCAGGGUGGCAGAGGUGUGGUUGGAUGAGUACAAGGACCUGUUCUACGGCCAUGGAUACUACCAUCUGCUGGAUAGGAGUGUCAUCGACAUUGGCAACCUCACAGACCAGAUCGAGUUCCGGAUGAAGUGCAAGAGCUUCAAAUGGUACCUGGAUAAUGUGUACCCAGACAUGGUCGCUCCAUUGGUCAAAGCUGAGGGGCUGGUUUUCAAUCGUGGAGUAAGAAAAUGCCUCGCUCUGCAGAAAGGCUCCCUUGCCUUUGAGAGAUGUGAUCUCAGCAAGCUGAGUCAGCACUUCAAUUACACCUGGAUGAGGCACGUUCGCCAGAAAGAUGUCUGUGUCACUGCUCAGGGCAAAGGUAGCAGGCUGGCUAUGCAGCCGUGUGACAACACCAAGCCACAGCUACGCUGGCUCCACAAGGACUCCAACUCCGCUCUGGUGGAGCACCUCGUUACGGAGCUUGCUCCCCAGCGUUUGUGUCUUGAGGCUGGGGCUCUGGGUGACAGCAUGCAGCUGAAGGAGUGUGAGCCUACCAGUCCCUACCAGAAGUGGCAGUUCACACACUACCACACUGGAUGACGGGAGUACAGGGCUACAGCACUAUUCAUGCGUUAGUGAUUGACUGUACUGUGUGUAUUUGGAUGUGGUCAGUGUAUGCUGCAAUAGGAAUAUGCAUGGUGCGGCUAGUAUGUUGGUGUGAGGGUGGUGUUGGGAUGUGCAAUGUUUUUUUUUCUCUUCCUUUUAUCAUGAUCAACCUUACCUUGGAAUUUGAAUGUUGCAUGACUUAUGAGGCCCUGGAAUGAUUUGAAAGGGCAGCUGUUACACAAUAUAAGUACAGUGUUUUUGGAAGCAUAGUUUACUGGUUUUGCACUUUUUAUUGAGAUCUUUGGUUUUACAUGUUUGUUCAUCAGCUUUGCAAAAAAAAAUAAUUGUCGGUAAAGAGCCGUGGCAAACGACCACGAAUGUGCCUUGACUAUUUACAUGAGGAUUUUUCUACAGAUGUUCUCUAUAUUGUAGCACUCGGAUUGACCGCACAAUUUACCAUAUUUCUUACUGUUUCAGUGCCAAAUAGCUGGAUAUAUUAUGCCACUUUUCCAUGAUUCAUGUAAAUACAGUACCAGCCAAAUGUUUGGACACACCUACUCAUUCAAGGGUUUUUAUUUUUACUAUUUGUUACAUUGUAGAAUAAUA